AGAGCCCCAAAAAUGCAGUUAAAUCACUCUUUUUAGUGUUCAUUUCUCUGAAUAUAUAAACUCGGCAAUACCUGUGAUAUAACACAUUCAGCAGUUAUUGCUUUCUGCAGCAGUAUCAAACUAGCCGUCGAAUUUCUUCUUAUCAACAUGUUUAAGCUUUCUCUUCUGGUUGUGCUGGCAACAGUAGCUAUUGCACAGUAUGGACAUCACGGAUAUGGUGGCGGUAACGGCGGUGUACAAGAAGGAGGGUACGGCGGCCAGUCUGAUUAUGGACAUCAAGAUUAUGCUCAUCACCCCAUUCCCUACAAAUAUGGAUAUGACAUCGUAGGUGGCGACCAUCACAGUGACUUCAAGCAAACUCGCCAAGAGCAUGGAGAUGGACACGGUAAUGUUCAAGGAAGUUAUUCUUACUCUGAUGGUCAUGGAAAUCACAGACAGGUUGAUUACGUCGCCGACCAUCAUGGAUUCCGUGCUGUUGUCAAAACAAACGAGCCCGGAACUGAGAACCAAAGUCCUGCGGAUGUUCAGCUGCAUGCACCAGCUUCUCAUCAUCAACAAUCUGGUGGUUUAGGUUUAGGCAUUGGCUCUCGACUUUCCCUCGGCCAUUCUUUGUACUAGAACUCUCUUCAAUUAGGAAUUAUUUACAAUUUUGGUGUUUACUGUGGCAGUAGAGAUUACUGUGGCAGUAUAGAAUUUUACAAUAUGAAAAAAUGUGAAAGGAUCUUGCAGUUGUCCUAUGAUGUAGAAAUGCCAGAUGUUAAAUCAGGAAAGAAUAUUUUUCAGAGUUUAGUAAUCAUUAACAUUAUUUAUAAGAACUUCUGUUGUAUGUAAUGUCGUAUGUAAAAUAAAAAGCUACAAUUAGAAAUUC